GAAGCUGAAGUGAACCAACACCAGUUUCAGAGUCAUUGGGAACUGAAAUCUGAGGCGAGUCUGAUCAGAUGAAAAACGGAGAUGACCACGGCGAGUCAUCGUACCCAAAUGCCGACCAGACUGAAAACCAGAAGAACAAGACAGCAAUGGGAUCGGAGGCUCUAGCAAAGGGACUGUCUUCGACUCUCGUCACCAUCAUUAAGGACUUCGACUCCAAAGCUCAGCAGACCUUCAGUAGCCAACACCAGCUCUCUGAAGCCCUCGAUCGCCUCACCCGCGAGCUGGAUAAGCUGUUGGAAGAUGCGCCGAUGCCGUUCAUAAUGCAACACGCGGCGAAGAUAACGGCGGUUAGGAAGAGGGUUUUGUCUCUCAACUCGGUUUUGAAGAAUGUUCAACGCCGUCUUGAUAAUAUAGACCGCUUGUUAACUUUGGGAGUUCCGCAUCAAACUCAACAUGAUAAGAGUCCUAAGACAAGCACCAUACAUUCAGGGCUGCAGUAACACAGCUGUGUAUUGGAGUCAAUCUCCAAGACUGAUUAGCACGGUAUCAGGACUGCAAGGGACAGCCUUAUAGAUUUUGCCUGUUUGGCUCUGUCAAUCAACUAAUUGAAGAAUUUUUCCAUCAUUUGGGCCUAAGCUCACGAGCAGAUUUAAAAGCCACAAGUAUGCUCCAUCAUCCGACACAGAUGUUAUCUGAAAGUCAGAAUUGCUCAGUAGUAAUGGAGAAUGUGUGGAAUAUCUGGUGUAGCUAUGGACAUGAGUGGAACAUUUGGGGUUCCGAAUGGUUAAAUGGUGGCAAUGGAAGCUUGCUAAAGUUGGCACUGCCCCCUUCUUGUUUGAGAGAUGAGAUGAGAUGAGAUGAGAGUCAGUUUGCUCAACUUUCAGAAGGGGGAAUCCUAGUUAGCAUCAUUUGUAUUUGAUGAAUUCAAUAUAUACACUUUUGUUUCGCUAGAGAGCAACAAAUAGUUUUCUUAUUGCAAAAAUUUUGGGGUAUAAUCUGUGUGAAAUGUUCAUGCUGUCUUUUCAUCAACACCUCUAUGAAUUUUAGCAAGUAAUCUAAACCUUGCACCAUUGUGGUGGUUUCGAUGCUCAUCUUAUGCAACUGUGAUUAACUUGUUUAA